GCGGAGCCGAAGUGGCUGUCACUGCCAUUACAUCACCGCGUUGAACGAGGAGACAGGCCUAGAUGACGUCGCGGUCGCCGUCGAACGUGCUGCCGCUGCGUGGCGCUCUGUCCAGGUCCUCCUCGAACGCGGAUAAGGCACCGGAAGCAAGCCCCGUCGACAUCGACACGCUCAUGCUUACCAUCAACAAUGCUGUGGCGAAAAUUGCCUCCAUCCGCGAAUCGUUUGAAGACGGCCGGCCGCCACGGCACUCGUCCACGUCGUCGCGUCGCGGAGGGAGAUCUCGUGUCCAAGCAUCCUCUGCGUCGUCGAGUACAUUCGAUGAAAGUAUACUCCGAUUUUCGAGCAUGGGAUCGUACCAGGACAGCUUGCGGUCGUCGGGGCGAAGCCAAAGCGGUGCGUCGGAUCACACCGACGGUCGACCGCCGUUGCCGAAUGGGGGCAGUCGAAGUCUCGCAUCGAGCUUCACCAGUAGCGCUGCGUCCAGCCCGUCCGUGAUGGACCGACGUAGCUCGAAGAACCACGCGCAAACGUUUCCAGACGACGGCGAAGAGGAUGAAGUUGCUCCUGACCUACCUGCGUCGCGAGCAGCGCCAACGACGAAGCAAAAGCUGCCCUUUCCAUACCAUAAGCUGCAGUCGACGACAUCGAUUGACCUGGACGACAACUUGACGCCGUUCAAGGAACUGCGCUUGGCGCGCCUUCAGGACAUCAAGGUCACGUUCCACAAUGGGUUGCCGCAGGAGUUUUACCAAGCGAUUUGCCGGUUCCUCCAGACGACCGUCGAAAUGAAGCGGAGGUUUUACAAGCUCAAGCAUCUCAAGGAAUGCUUCCUUGGUUGCGACGCAUUCGAUGCGCUGCUCGACCACGGGUUCGCCACCGAUGAGAACGAAGCGCUCCUGAUUGGAAACGUCCUGCUCAAGCUCGACUUGGUUGAGGACAUUAUGGGGCCAUCGUCGCGCAUGAAGAAUCGAAAUGACGGGUUCUACCGAUUCACGGCGGCCGUGGACGCUGGGGCACGUCCCACCGAUAUGCCGCAUCACAACCGCAUCAGCCUCAUGUCGAUGGACGGCAUCGACUUUGCGGACGCGUCGGACCACAUGCAUGCGUUGUUGUCGGAGGAGAGUCUUGCUAUCCUCUCUCGUGUGCUCGCGCGGAUGUUUGACAAGAAGGGCAAGAUCAUGUCGUACAAGGGCCAUGAAGCGUGCUUCGGCGGGUCGGAACUCGUCGCGGCGCUAAAAGAGAUGAAGAUUGCGCUCUCCACGAUUGAUGCCCUUCUUGUGGGUCAGAGCCUGUUUGAGGAGCAGCUGAUCCUCCCCAUCGACCCUGACACGACGGCCUUUCAAUGCAAGUACACCGUGUACCGACUCGCGCACGUGUAGAAGGAUCGACCUUGAUAAGACAUGGAGUAUUUAACGCAUCGGCUUGAACAAGCAUGCGAAAUAACAAUGCGAUGGAUGUGACAUUAGCACGACGACGGAUCGUGCCAAGAGUCUAAUGGGUUGACGAGGUGAGAUGGAUAAUCAACGCGAGGAUGUCGGCACUCCAAGUCGCG